AUGCCGAAAAAUCAAGAGAAUGAAGAAUCAGCUGGAGUCGGAAAUGCGGCUCUUUUUGGUGAAGUCAAAAUGAAGAAAGCGAAGGAAAACGGCGUCAAAAAAGAAGCUGAAAAACCACUACCAGAGAAGAAAUCGAAAAGUCCUGAAAAAGAAGAAAAGCAAGAAACAAACAGUUUGAUGAACGCGAAGGGAACGGAGGAGUCAAAAAUGAAAAUGGAAGACGAGGCGCUGGAUCUUGUUGUUAAGGGUUUCAAACACUACCGAAAAGAAUCGAUACGACUUCAAGCAGAAAACGACAAGCUUUGGGAAGAAAACGAGCGAAUCAAAAAAGCUUACGAGAAACUCAAGGAUGACGCGAUGCAGCUGAAAAACUUGAUGAGUAUGGUGACUGGAGAAAUGUCAAGUGCGCUGGGUUUUAUGGAGAAAGCAUCCAAAGGCGAAGACGAAGAAGAAUAA